AUGAAGGGCUCUCAACAUGGUGUGACGACUCUCUCGAUAGUCCUGCUCGCUGCGGCCAACCUCCUCCUCCCGAUUGCCAUCUAUGUCUUUGGCACAGGCUUCUUCCCCUACAAGCCACUGCUCCCAGGUCUCGCCGUCUACGACGACUCUGAACAUGGACCACCACCGGCAGCGCCCUUCGACCGGUCGUUAAUACGAGAUGGCUCUGCGAUCCCCUUCACCGCGCACGCGACAUCGCCCACCGUUACAAUGCCGAGGAUCAAGGCAAUCACGACUGGCUCCAUCCCCUCCUUCCUCGACGUUAUACUGAAUAUCGACGAAGGAGACGAGUCUUCUUCCCUUGCCUCGCAGGAUACAUGGUUGGCGCAGAUGAAGGCAAAAAACUCGGGGAAGCUGCUCUUAUACGGAGAUGACACCUGGCUGAAGCUGUUUCCCGGCUUCUUUGAUCGGGCGGAUGGCACAUCGAGCUUCUUCGUUGCUGACUUCACGGAGGUGGAUAAUAAUGUCACGAGACACGUUCCAGAUGAGCUCCAAAAUAAUGAUUGGAAUACCAUGGUCCUGCAUUAUCUUGGCCUGGACCAUAUCGGUCACAAGGGAGGACCGCGGAGCAUGAACAUGAUUCCAAAGCAGAUUGAGAUGGACGGCAUGGUCAAGCAAAUAUACACUGCCAUCGAGUCACAAUCUCACCUUCAGUCUACACUGUUGAUACUGCUGGGCGAUCAUGGUAUGAACGACGCUGGAAAUCAUGGAGGCUCCGCACCCGGCGAGACCUCCCCAGCACUUGUCUUCCUAUCCCCGAAGCUGAAAGCCCUGGGAAGAGUAUUUGAGGCUCCGGUGGACUUCCAGGACGACUUCAGAUACUACUCUGUCAUUGAGCAAUCCGACCUUGCUCCAACCCUUGGCGCUCUGCUUGGCUUUCCGGCCCCCAAGAACAAUCUUGGAGCUUUCAUCUCGGAUUUUCUGCCCUUCUGGCCGCAUGGCAUCGAUCGAGCGCAGAUUCUCAUGCGCAAUGCGGAACAGAUUCUUGCCAUUAUAUCCGCUACGUUCGGCGGAGAGCUUUUUGAUGUGUCUACGAAUGUCGACCCUUGCGUACUUACAAACUCAGAUGUUGAGGAUCUCGCAUGCCGGUGGUGGCGACUUAAGAAUGCAUAUAAAGCCAUGAACAGCAAGACGGAUUUGGAUGAUGAAUGGGCUGCAACGAUGUCGCAGUGGCUUAGAGACUCUCAAAGGCUGUUGAGUAGCAUGGCGAGCAACUACGACAUUCCUAGACUCACCAUUGGGCAAAUGGCUGCCAUUGCAACGACCGCCAUGGCUGUCUUUGCAGCAUACCAAAAUGCCGGCCGCCUGUCCACAGCAGCCGUGCCAAUCACCCUCAUUACCGCCGCAUAUGGUGUGAUGAUGUUUGCCAGUAGCUACGUAGAGGAGGAGCACCAUUUCUGGUAUUACACUGCAACAGCAUGGUUCACAUACAUCAGCUGGAGAGGCUUCAGUGGGACCUCAAAAUCCACGGUUGGGCACCUUACGGCACUUCUCUUCGCCUUCGUAACAACACGAGUUGUCAGAGGCUGGAAUCAGACCGGGCAGAAGUUCGCUGGGGAGCCAGAUAUCGUCAAGAUUUUCUUGCAGCCCGAGCCUGUCCGUCUCUGGGCUCUCAUCAGUAUCACCUACCUUUGGCUGCACCGCGAACUCCUCCAGGGCUUCAGCGGCCUUCCUCGUUCCCUCGCCAUCACCGGUAGCACAGGUCUGGUUCUUGCCGCCUUCACCUUCAAGCUCGCCUUUACGAACGAGGACGCUCCAGAACUCGUUGCGGGCUUCGCACGGUCCCUUCUUGAACUUACCCAGGGUCCCUCGUUGGUGGUAAGGGCACAAGCUGUCUUUGUCGGCCUGGCGCUCGCUGCAGCCUGCGUUGUGUACUUCAUCGCAACCAAGAAUUGCGUCUCGCAGCGCAUCUCGGCCGUGGAGACCCUGCACCACCUGUACACACUGCUCGCCGUGACGCAGUCCCGCGCGACCAACGUCCCCUUGUUCCUGCUCUUCGACAUAAUUUUCAAGUUCCUCUCUGCGCAAGGCCUUACCCUCACGGAGCUCACCGUCACCUCCCUGCUCCUGCAGUACGCCUCCUUCUUCGCCCUCGGCGGCACCAACGCCAUCUCGUCGGUCGACCUCUCGAGCGCGUACAACGGCGUGCGCAACUUCGACGUCGCCACCGUUGGCGUCCUCACGUUCGUGAGUAACUGGGCAGCGCCCAUCUACUGGGUGACGGCGACGAACGUGUUGCUCGUGCGCAAGCAUAGGGCCGGGGAGAGGAGCGUGUACGUGCGCCACAUCACUCUGUUGACCGUGUUCGCGGCCGCAAGCGUGGCGUCUGUGAUGGCAGCCUGUACGGCGCUCAGGACGCACCUGUUCAUCUGGACUGUGUUCUCGCCCAAGUAUUUGUACUGCGUGGCGUGGACCCUGGGUCAGCAUCUGAUCGUCAACAUCGGGGCUGGUGGGCUUUUGUACUGGUUGGGGACGCUGUGA